GCGCAUGCUCGCCGGCGCCCCGCACCAACAUGGCUGCCGCCCCCCUCCCCCCCCCCCCCGCCCGCUGAGUGCGGCCGCCCCGAGCCGGCCGUUGCUGGGCAUGCUCCCAGAGUGCCCCGCACCAACAUGGCGGACGUCUUCACUGGGGUGACUUUAAUUCUCAGUUUUCGGUUAUAGCCUGCCGGGGCUCGUUUCUCUUCAGCCAGCCCUGAGCGCGUGGUGAGGCCGGGGCAAGGCGGGGUGGUGCAGGGGUGAAAGGGGAGAGGGUACGGCAGGCAUCCCGGCCGGCUCCCGGCGAGAGAAAGAUGGCUGAGGGCGAGCGGCAGACGCCGUCAGAUUCUUCAGAGGAUGCCCCUCCCACCACUCAGAACUUCAUCAUUCCAAAGAAAGAGAUCCACACUGUUCCAGAUAUGGGCAAAUGGAAGCGUUCUCAGGCGUACGCUGACUACAUCGGAUUCAUCCUCACCCUCAACGAAGGUGUGAAGGGGAAGAAGCUGAGCUUUGAGUACAAGGUCUCCGAGGCCAUUGAGAAACUGGUCGCUCUUCUCAACACGCUGGACAGGUGGAUCGAUGAGACCCCUCCAGUGGACCAGCCCUCUCGAUUUGGGAACAAGGCCUACAGGACCUGGUAUGCCAGACUUGACCAGGAAGCAGAAAACUUGGUGGCCACGGUGGUCCCCACCCACCUGGCAGCGGCUGUGCCUGAGGUAGCUGUCUACCUAAAGGAGUCCGUGGGGAACUCCACGCGCAUCGACUAUGGCACAGGACAUGAAGCAGCCUUUGCUGCUUUCCUCUGCUGUCUCUGCAAGAUCGGGGUGCUGCGGGUAGAUGACCAAAUAGCCAUUGUCUUCAAGGUGUUCAAUCGGUACCUUGAGGUUAUGAGGAAGCUCCAAAAGACGUACCGGAUGGAACCGGCCGGCAGCCAGGGUGUGUGGGGCCUGGAUGACUUCCAGUUUCUGCCCUUCAUCUGGGGCAGUUCGCAGCUGAUAGACCACCCGUAUCUGGAGCCCAGGCACUUUGUGGAUGAGAAGGCUGUGAACGAGAACCACAAGGACUACAUGUUCCUGGAGUGCAUCCUGUUUAUCACUGAGAUGAAGACAGGCCCCUUUGCAGAGCACUCCAACCAGCUGUGGAACAUCAGCGCGGUCCCCUCCUGGUCCAAAGUGAACCAGGGUCUCAUCCGCAUGUAUAAGGCCGAGUGCCUGGAGAAGUUCCCCGUGAUCCAGCACUUCAAGUUCGGGAGUCUCCUGCCCAUCCAUCCCGUCACGUCGUCGUGCUGAGAGCGGCCUGUCCCGGCUGCUGUUCCCGUGCCUGCCCUCCCUGACUCCAGCUGCUGCCCCCCCCACCCCCUCCCCUUGUUCUUUCUGUUUGAUGAGAGGCUGUUUACUGGGGUGGGUGCUGAGUGCAGGGCUGAUGGAGGCUCAGGGCAUAGGGCUGAAGGACCCAGGUUGGGAGAAGUGACCAAAGUGUGGCCAGUUUCCCGACUUGCCCUGCGGUGGACGGGCAAGGUGAGGGGGCCCCGCUCCUGCCUUGGCCUCCCGCUCCUUUCAUUCAGUCCCAUCUGAGCCCAGGCUGACCCAGCCACCGUGGGGUGGGGGGAGGUACUCGGCUGUGGCCAUUGCUUUCCCUUGCAGGUUGCCUUUCUAGGGGUUGGAGCAGCUGCUUCCCCCGUGGGGUGGGGCAGUUUCCUAAGCCAUGUUUGGGUGGGUGUCUGGGGGUCCUGAGGGCUGGAGGCUGAGGCUGGCAGCCAGCCUGGGGUGGGGUUGGGAAGGGAGAAGGGUGGACUUUUCUGGCCAGUGACCCUCCCAGCUCCUCCUCACGCUGACCACUGGCCUGUGUGGGCCCCUGUGUCCAGUGCCUCAUCCUUGCUUUUCUGCUCUCUGGCUCCAGAGUACCCUCUGGAGGGCCUGGCAGGGCUUGCUCCCCAGACUCUCCCUGGCUGGGAGCGGGUGGUAGAAACUCCAGAGGAAAGAGGGUGGGCCGGGGGCCGGGGGUCGCACCUGGGCUGCUCCCUGCAUUCUCCUGCCCCGCUGCUCCUGCUCCCUCACUGCUGCUGCUUCUGCAGGCCCCUGGUGGUGCUUCCCGCCCCUCUCUCUGGGCGGUGGGUGAGUGGGUGCAGGAGAGCUCCGGGAGCAGCAGCCCCGCCCCUCGUCCUCCCACCUCCCCGGACUUGCCCAGUGGGGCUCCAGGAGGAGCUGUGAGGAUGGGCAGGGGCAGGGCGGGUCCGGAAUUGGGGUGGAGGGGGUGCUAGCAACGGCCGGCCAGCUCCAGAGUUUUCUUCUGGGGGAGGGCUGCUCCCAGUCCUGACUCUCCGCUGCCCCCUCCCCAUAUCUGGGCCCACCCACCCUUCUGGGAAGGGGGAGCACCUGAGAAGCACAACUGAGGGGCUUGGCCUUCAGGUCUGGGCCAAUGGCCUGGGCAGAGGCUGGGACAGGGGCUGUAAGAGUCACAGAAAUAGUUUCCUAGGAGAGGCUCAGCGCCUGCCUCCCCCCAGGGCCCACACCACCACCUUCCUGGCUCCUCCUCCCCUGUGCCCCUGGGCCCCCCCAGUCCUGGCGCCUUUGUUGCUGUUCAGAUUAAAGCCUCUGUUUUGCACCUGC